CUCAACAUCCCACAACUCGCAACACAAUGCGCUUCACCUUCCUUACACUUACAGCCUCUUUGUUGCUUUUGAAUCACCAGGCAUUCGCCGGUGAAGAUAACAUUGACCCACCAUUAAAUCCAACCAGCACAAUCCAAAGCUUCAGUUUCCAGCGCAAGCUAUCAUGGACCAACCAAGAUUUUGACGUGACCCAGGACGGCAAUAACGCCCACAUCAUGUCUGUUGAAGCCCAUCUAAAAGAUAAAUGGAUGAAAGCCCAUUUUGCCUUGGAUCUCGUCCUGCCUAGUGGUGAACGUGUAGGAAUCAAAGUCGAGGGAAAACUAGUGCACUGCGGCUUCACGCAAACUUACAAGAUCUCGAAUGGCGUCCAAUUACUAGUUGAUCCACGCGGAACGUCCACCGAUCGAUGGUACAUCAAGAAGUCGGGAUACAUCAAGCAGGCAUACACUUGGCACCGCCACUUUCAAGGGCUCUCAGGUGUUGUCACGGGCGAACAUGGUAGAAAAGUUGCUUACUUUUCAAGUCUCCACUCUCGUUUUCCACUUGGUUACUACUCGUCUCUCUUAUCUUGGCAAGUGUCGAUCCAUGCGACCUUUCAUAUGUACUCAACACACAUCUUCACGAUCAUCAUCAACAGCUCAAUAGUUGAUAAAAACACGAAGAACUAUCGUGAAACUUUGAUUGAUUUUUUGAAUUUUGAACGCCAAACUCUAAAAUCAGGAUUAACAUUGUGCAUGCCCCCGAGUGGUGUCUUUGGAAGACGAGUAUUUACGUUGCUGGGCCUGGAAGCCGACAGAAAAAUCUUGAUACGAGUGAUUUCGGAAGGGCAAACUGAGUGCAGCCAGAGUAUUCCAGCGGGUGUCGUUCGCUUGAAGAGUCCUUAA